GCAAACAAAAAACGUGGUGCAAAUGGAAAAAACGCGCUGCAAGAAACAAAAACAAAUGCAUCAUCAUUAAAUGCGCUGCAAAUGGAGAAACGAUGCAAAGCACAAAACGACGCAUACCAAGAAAACACCUGCAAAAGAAAAACGCUGCAUAAAAAGUCACCACAACGGAAGUGCUCCAAACCUGCAGGGGGCGCUCUCAGUGUAACAGCUCAAUGGAGAGACACACCGGCUGGAGAGAGACAGGUACUCCUUAUGAGAGAGACGGAAAACGACUAUAAAUUACAGCGGGAACAAAUUAUUGUUACGGCCAAUAUGUUUUGUCCUUACUGCGGACACGAUCUGGGAACUACCGAUGUACCAAUGUCCUGUGGCUCAUGUGGCUCCAGUGUGCAUUUUUUAGCAGAAUAUGCAGACGGGUCAGCAUCAGAUGUCCUCACAGAUGACCUAAUAAGAAGAUAUUUUAAUGAGAGCUACAGCAAUGCGGAGAUUUUGGAUUUUUUAGCUUCUAAACACAAUGUGCACAUGAGCCUUCGCUCCUUGAAGAGGAAGCUGAAUAUGCUGUCUUUGUUCAGACAAAAGAACUACUCUACUCUUGCCAGUGUUUGUGGGGCCAUACAGGAGGAGUUAAAGGGUCCAGGGCAACACUAUGGCUACCGUUCAAUGUGGCAGACAUUGCGCCUAAAAUACUCGCUGACAGUUAGGAGGGAUGAUGUUAUGGCCCUGAUGAGAGAACUGGAUCCACAAGGAAUUCAACAUCGUGCAAGCAGAAGAUUUGUUAAGCGAGUUUACACUUCUGAUGGACCGAACCAUGUGUGGCAUGUGGAUGGAUACGAUAAGUUGAAACCAUACGGUUUUGGAAUCAGUGGCUGCAUAGAUGGAUACUCGCGAAAGGUGCUGUGGUUGAAAUGUGGAGCAAGCAACAAUGACCCAGUGGUCAUUGCCCAGAAUUACAUGAACUGCCUGACAGAAUAUGGAAUCAUUCCAAUGCGACUUCGUACUGACUGUGGCACUGAAAAUGGCACAAUGGCAGCAAUUCAGUGUGCCUUAAGAUCAUCUCACACUGACGACUAUGCUGGGGCUGCUAGUCAUUUGUAUGGCUCUUCAAUGGCAAACCAAAGAAUUGAAAGCUGGUGGUCUUAUUUUCGCAAACAAAGGUCUCAAUUUUGGAUGGACCUUAUGAAUGAUUUGAGAGAGCGAAAUCUCUUUAACAGCAGUCAUGAGCACACAUGCCUCCUGCGAUUUGCAUUUAUGGAUAUGCUACAACAUGACCUUGAUGAAUGCAGAAAAAAGUGGAACACUCAUACAAUAAGACCUGCUAAACAGUCUCGUUGUCCAUCUGGGAAACCAGAGGUCAUGUACAGCCUACCUCACAGGUUUGGUGGAACUGACUGUGGGUUUCCGGUUUCACUGGAGGAACUGGGGCCAUUUCAGAUUGAGGCAACACACAGUUCAUGUGGAGAUCGUCAUCUCCAGUCACACUUUGAGGAUCUACAAAGACAGAGUGGUCUAAUGCAGCCAAUGACCUGGGAGACCUGUGUGGAACUUUAUAUUAGAUUGAAGAACAUGGCUGAGUUGUAACAUCACUAAUACAGGUUCUGCUGCAUGGGAAGCGAGACACCCUUUGAAACACCAACUUUGGUCUUGGCUUAAUCCCAGAUGGGGGCAGAGAACAGAGUCCUGUGGCGAACAUCAGGAUGUCAGGGAGGGAGAGUCCUGUUUGUUUAUCUU